UAAGAAGUGAUUUAAGUUAUUAAAUCUAAUAGAAUCGUGUACUUUUAAUUUUAUUGACUCGAUUGAAAAAAACUAUGAGCUAUGAGAGGUGUUGGAAGGUUUCGAGAGGUGAUCGGCUGUUCUUCAUAGAUUUUUGUCUAAAUUUAAUCAUUCGAUGAGCUUAAUGCUUGGUUUCUUCGGAAAUGUGAAUAACUACCAGAACCUAAAAUUUCAGCCGGGAAUGAAUUCAAACUUUUGUGUAGCGAUAAGUGGCUCCCUCAAUAGUAAUUGAUUACAGAAUUUUGAAUUUUUUAAGUUCCGUAUGCUUCAAACUGCCUUGCUCGAUUUUCUCGUUGCCAUUUGUAUUUUAUUUUUCCCGGCAAUAUCUAAUGUCAUCCGUUCUACGCCAUGCGUGAUGUCAUUCACCUAAUCUGCUGCGUCAUCAAAUUUGACGUUUCUGGUCUUCUCGAUACAGCUUCUUUUCCUUCCAAACUCGAAACCGUGGAGCACCGAGUACCCUCAUCAGAAACUUCGCUUUCUCUCUAGAAGCAGGCCACCGACGCUCUCUCCUUGUGACUACUCCAUCUUUGACUCUUCUAGAUUUUUUUUGACCCCGCUACAUAAUAAAGGAGAAUUUUUCCCACGAGAAAUAUUAUUUUUUCGCUAGCUGCAACGCUGGACGUGGCUAGAUGCAUGUAACUAGAAGGUCACCGUCGUGCGACCCCAGGUUUCACACGUACGAAUGAGGAACUCCCAUUUCUUUAAUUAGCAAAUGCUUUCCGUCCGAUUAAUAAACACGUGCGGUUUGGUUUUCAGAAGGAGGCAUCUUCUAUAUAAAUAAAUCUCUUCCCCUUCCACCCUCCUCAACACACACACCGAAGCAACAGCAAUUGUCUCUACAGCUGGUUUAGCUACAAAACAAAUUCUUCUUCAGCCACAAAUUCAGAUCCAACAAAAAAUGGCCUCCCCCCUCGCCACCGCUAAUCCCCUCUCGUCUCCUCCUCCUCCUCCUCCUCACGUCGUGGAGGACUGCCGCGGCGCAAUCCGCGUCCUGAGCGACGGCACCAUCCUGCGCUCCCCCGACCCCAUCUUCCCCGUCACCGUCCACGACGACGGCUCCGUCGAAUGGAAGGAUUCCCUCUACGAUCCCCAGCACGACCUCCACCUCCGCCUCUACCGCCCCCGCCGCGAUCGAUCGUCCGAUCAUUGCAGUAGCGAGAAGCUCCCCCUCCUCUUCUACUUCCACGGCGGCGGCUUCUGCAUCGGCUCCCGCACCUGGCCCAACUUCCACGCCUGGUGCCUCCGCCUCGCCGCCGAGCUCAACGUGUUCGUCAUCUCCGCCGACUACCGCCUCGCCCCCGAGCACCGCCUCCCCGCCGCCGUCGACGACGGCGCCACCGCCCUCUCCUGGCUCAGAUCCCAAGCCGAAGCCGGCGCCGGAGCCGACCCCUGGAUCGCCGAAUCCGUCGACUUCGGCCGCGUCUUCGUCUCCGGCGACUCGGCCGGCGGGAACAUCACCCACCACAUGGCCGUCCGGUUCGGGCCGGCCGGCCUGGGCCCGGUCCGCGUCCGCGGGUUCAUCCUCCUAAUGCCGGCCUUCGGCGGGGCCCAGCCGACCCGGUCCGAGUCGGAGUGCCCGCCCGACGCGUUCCUGAACCGGGAGCAAUCCGAGCGGUACUGCCGCCUCAUGCUGCCGCCCGGCGCGACGAAGGACUACCCGGUGUUCAACCCGUUCGGACCGGAGAGCCCGAACCUGGGCCCGGUCGAGACCGGCCCGAUCCUCAUGGUGGUCGCCGAGCGAGACGUUUUGAGGGAUCGGGAGGUGGACUACGUGAUGAAGAUGAGGGAGCUGGGGAAGCACGUUGAGCUCGUCGAGUUCGCGGGGCAACAGCACGGCUUCUUCGAGGUCGACCCCUACGCCGAACCGGUCGACGAGUUGAUCCGGCUCAUCGGCCGGUUCAUGGACCAGUUCGGACACGACUCGGCCUGAACCGCUCCGGGACGGUUUGCGGUGUUGACGGAAUAAAUGGUCUUUAAUUUGUUUCCUCUUUUUUUUUCCUUUUUUUUUUGUAAUUUUCUAUUUUUUGCAUCUUCUUUUUUUUUUCCCUAUUUGUCGCUUUUCUAUUGUUUUUGUUGUUGAGGGCGAACGUUAGUAUCUGCUCCUGCCGAUAAUGUUGUAAUGUCGCCCCAAAAAAAUGGAAAAGAAAUUUUUUUAAAUAAAAAUCAGAUAUAUGGAAAAAUAGUUUCGAA